UGGAUCUUGCCCAUUGCUAAGCGUAUCAGCGAGAAAAGAAAAGUCAAAGUGAGAAUCUCGAUAUCAAGCGGUCAGAUAGCAGUAUUUUUCUAUUUUCCAGCUUUCAAACUUUAACUAUGGCAUCCAACACGGAAGAUUUCUAUCUGCGCUAUUACGUCGGUCAUAAGGGUAAAUUCGGACACGAAUUUCUCGAAUUUGAGUUCCGGCCGGAUGGCAAAUUAAGAUACGCAAACAAUUCCAACUACAAAAACGAUACCAUGAUUCGGAAAGAAGCGUACGUCCACCAGUCCGUCAUGGAGGAGCUAAAACGAAUCAUUGUAGAUUCGGAAAUCAUGCAGGAGGAUGACUCGAUGUGGCCACCACCGGAUCGAGUAGGACGACAGGAGCUGGAGAUUGUGAUUGGAGAUGAGCAUAUUUCUUUCACUACCUCAAAGACUGGAUCUCUAGUAGAUGUCAACCAAUCUAAGGAUCCGGAAGGAUUACGUUGCUUUUAUUACCUGGUGCAAGAUUUAAAAUGUCUCGUAUUUUCACUGAUCGGUCUGCACUUUAAAAUCAAACCUAUUUAGGAAGCAAGCUGUAAUCACAACAAUUUUCAACUCAUUUCUGACUAACAUAUUGUAGAUUUAAUUUUGCUUUAUAAUACAAAACACGAAAUACAAAAACAUUUGAAUUUCCAGUAAA